AUGCAAGAAAAGUUCAUGCAGCGGUUUUUUCCCGCUAGCAAGACCCAGCUCGCGAAAGAACAGAUUAACUCAUUUUUGCAGGAACCUGAUGAAUCCUUACGUGAAGCUUGGGAUCGCUUUCAAGGAUACCAGAGAACAUGUCCUCACCAUGGAUGGGAUAAAAGGUACCUUAUUUCCACUUUCUUGCAGGGAUUAAAGGAGGACACUCAGGUUCUUAUUCGAGUAGCAUGUGGAGGAAGCCUCAACGAAAAGUCAUUCGACUUCAUAGAGCAACAGAUCAACAAGAUGGCCAACGAGUGUGCUCCUUCUCACGAGUUUAUCAGAAACGUUAGCCUCAAAGACAGUCGUGCAGGUAAGGAAAGUCUAUCUGAAAUUCAGGCAUUACGUGCAGAAUUGGCAAAACUUAAAAUCCAGGUUGAGAAUGCUCAUCAGAUCUCAGACUUAGACACAUCAGCCAACGGGUACAUGAUCGAAGAUGUCUACUACGUAGAUAACAACCUGUACUCGAAUGUGUACAAUCCGGGGUGGAAGAAUCAUCCAAACUUCUCGUACAAUAAUUCUUCCAAUGUAGAUUUUGACCUCGAUCUUAAGUCUAUGUUCGCACAGCUUAUGCAGGGCCAAGAAGCUAUUCGCACCGAGAUGCGUGAACAUCAACAAGAGACCGACGGGCACUUGAAACUUGUCGAUAACCAAAUAGCUCAACUCGCAGCCUCUAUACCUUCGCGACCUCAAGGAUCACUUCCCGGGAAACCCGAGACAAAUCCUAGAGAGCACUGCAAUGCAGUGUUCUUGAGAAGCCGGAAACAACUUGAGGAUGUUGUCCCCCCUACUCUUGAAAAAGAUGAGUCUUUUUACUCUAGAUCUGCGAUCACCUCUAACAUUCCGCCUACAGAUACUCCAAUUAAGAUGACAUGUGAGGAAGAACCAAAGUAUGUACCUCCACCUCCCAGACCUCCUCCAGUUCCAUUCCCUUCACGACUUGUGCAACAAAAAGAGGCCAACCAGUUUAAGCGCUUCACGGACAUGAUAAAGAAAUUGAAGGUCACAAUACCUUUUCAUGAGGCAUUAUGUGAUCUAGGAGCAAGCGUAAGCCUAAUGUCAUUGUCGAUCUUCAAGAGACUAGGUGUGGGUGAACUCAAACCCAUACAAAUGAUAUUACAGUUGGCAGAUAGGUCGACCAAACAGCCUGCAGGUAUACUAGAGGAUAUGCCACUUAAGGUGGGUGAUUAUUACAUACCUGUCGAUUUUGUGGUUCUUGACAUGGAUGCAGAAUCAAGCAUGCCUAUCAUUCUAGGGCGUCCCUUUCUCAACACAGAAGAUGUCGUCAUCCACGUCAGAGCGGGUCGUCUUACUAUGUCCAUUGGAGACGAGACAAUAGAAUUCAUGCUCAAUCAAAAUGAUAAUCCAGACGAAAGUGUGAAAUCUAUUUGUUUAGUUUACAAGCUCAAAACGCCUAAGAACCAGGACCACAUACACAAGGUUAAGAGAGGACCAGAUCCAGAUAGGACAAAAGGUAAGAAAGAAGCUAACAUGGUUGAGCAGGUCACUAACUCAUCAGACCAUCGUGAGAACUGGCUCGAAUCUCAUAUACCACCACCAGAUUUUUCUCUACUAGGUACGCCUCGUUUCUCAAACUCAUUUUGUUGUAGAGAUGCUCUUAAACUUCAUGAUCCAGGUUGGCAGAAGAUCGAUGAUCUUCGCCCAUUAGACCCAUCCGAUAGUUGA